AUGGACAGUGAGAAAAUGUGCAGAACUGUGUACCCAACUCAAGGUGGCAUGACAGAAGAGCACUUCCUCGUUGUUACGGUUGUAAACUGUAUUGUCGCCCUGAGCAAUAUUGUUACAAACAGUUUUUUGAUUCAUGCCCUAAAAAGAACUGGCCAGCUUAGGACACUAUCAAACAAACUCAUCGUUUGUUUGAGUUUAUCAGACUGUGCGAUUGGGCUGAUUUUACAGCCCUGUAUUGGCCUAUUGUUGAUAAAAGCCUACUACGAAGAUGUCUCUUGCAAUUUGGAGAUCAAAAUUCAAGCAUUUGGGUUUGGCCUCUGUCAUUUUUCUGGCGUUAUGCUGGCAAUUAUAGCACUUGAUCGAUAUAUUCACAUCAAAUUCGCAAAUAGAUAUUCGUCGAUCAUGACGUCAUACAGAGCGGCAGUGCUUGUUGCAGGGAACGUGGUUCUUGCCGUGGUUGUGGCUGGAGCGUCAGUCAUUGCCAGUAAGCGUGGGUUUUUCUUUGUGUUUGGCUUGAUAAUGGCAUCAGUCGAUAGCUUGAUUGUGUUUAUCAUCUGGUUCACAUACUUCCUAGUUUAUAGAUCCAUAAAAAAGCACGUGAAUCACAUGAACAGAAUCACCACUCCUGGGAAGCCAAAGGUUCCCUCAGCAUCAAGAACUGACACUGUCUUGGCAAAAACAAUGGUUCUCAUUAUGACAUCACAACUUUCCUGCUAUUUUCCUUUCUUCAUUGUAAUGACAAUUCGGUCAUACAGGAGCUUUCAAAACGAGGGAAGUAGUCACGCACUCGAUGCUCUCAUACACUACUGGCCAAAAUUAACAGGCCACUCUUCGCAAUUGUAUGAAGCAUGGGUAAACUUCUACAAUUAG